AUGAAGCGUCUCAAUUCCAACAAUGACGACAACGUCCCCAUCUACAUCUACUUCCUGCUGGUUGUGAUUCUAUCCCUCAGCUUCCUGGGCACCUAUCUGGACUCUACCAAGCGUGUCAAGUACCUGCCCGGCCAUGUCCACGCAUUCUAUCUCGAAUACGUAUACUACGCCAAUCGCAACGCAGGGACCGGCGAUGCACCACGUCGGGCGCCGGGAGUAUAUUCCGAGCGGAUUCAGCGCGGCGGUCAUCACACAACGUAUGGCACGAUUCCGUGA